AUGGAGUUCGCCGACUAUCCCGGGCUCAAUGCAGACCUGGCAGCAGACUUCCAUGCACGGCACUUUACCAGGAGGGACACACACAUGUUCUCGGACCAUCUAGGCCAGAUGCCUCACUUCAACCCCGCCGCCCUGGCUGGCCUGGCCGUCGACGUCAAGCCGCGCCUCACGAAAGAGCAGCACGACGUGCUCGAGUCCGAGUUCAGAAAACAAGCAAAGCCCAACACCAACACCAAGAAGAGAUUCGCAGAGAUCCUUGGUGUAUCAUUAGACAAGGUCAACAACUGGUUCCAAAACCGUAGAGCAAAGUCGAAGCAGGAUGCCAAAAAGGCCGCCGGUGCUUACAACCUCUUGCAAGCGACUCAACAGCAAGGCCAGCAGCAAGGACAGCAGAGCUUCGUCGGCAUCAAUCCAAUGGGUGGCAUGAACAGCAUGCCUGGCGACCAACCCUUCUGCAUGCCCAAUCUGUACAACGGCAUCCGUGACAUGGACGGCCCCAUGUCGAGCGGCCUGGGUAUCAGCCAGCCCGAGAACACGUUUGCCUCGCUCGACCAAAUCACAUCACAGCCCAUGCGUCACCAAGCCUCGACACAAUCUCUGGCAUCACAGCACUCGGUGCAGUCGGAGUCCUUCAGCGACGCUAACAACAGACACACUCUGACGCAGGCUCAGUUCGAUGCCUUCUCUCAGCCAAAUUACACCACCAUGUCGUCUGCUGACACGAACGCUGCUCUGAACUCGACAUCCAACGGCGACUUCUACUCCGAGUUCUGCGACUUUUCGUUUGACGCUCAAUCCAUUGACCCAUUGACGUCCCCACCCAUGCAAUCUACUGAGAGCCUUGAGUCUUUCGCACCUGACGCUCCAUCAGACUUCAAGCCUUCUGACAAUCAGCUGCGUAACGCUUCAUCUAGCUCGGACGGUUCCGCUCCCUCAGUGACCAUCUCGCCAGCAGAGGACAAGGAAGACAACUUCGACAUGGAACUGCCAAGUGAGCAGAAGCCGUCUCAACCAGCCGUGACGUCUCCUCAAUGGCAGCCCGGACAGUCAGUACCCGUCGAGAUGGAUAACCUUCGCAAGGAGUUCCAAGAAGCCGCCAUGCGCCGCGACUUUUCGGUCCAGUCGAUUCCCGAUCCCAGUGAAUAUCUAGACCAGGCCAUGGCUUUCCCUGGUGAUGAAUACGACCGCCGCGAAUCUUCAACGGUCCAGCUUGCUCGUUCGAUGCAAAGCUUCACCAUGGCGCCACAACGCUCUGCCAUGCCCUCAUCCAGCAUUGCUGCUCGCCGUCAGCGCCCACGCCCUGCUCCUUUGGGAACCACAAACAUGCGUAGCACUUCUUACUGUGGUACCCUGCCCACCUCUCCUGGUCCCGUUGGUGGCAACCACAAUAUUGGAGGUCAUACCUUGCGCCGCAUCAAGUCAUCGCAAGCCAUGAACGGCAUUGCAGGUGGUCGCAUCCAGAAGAACGUCGGCUCUGCUCAGCGUUCGCCUUCUGGUUACUCGACUUUCGCUGAGGCCAACACGGCCAGAUACGGCGGCCGUCGUGUCUCCUCAUUCUCGCCUGCUUAUGCCAGUCUUGCUGCUUCGACUGCCAAUCUCGCUCCGCCGACUCCCUUGUCUCCCACCAAUGUUUCGAGCACUUUGCGCCACAUGCAAUCUCAGCCAAUGCUUAGACAGACGAGCUUGCCCGAGGGCGACGAGAACUACAUCGUCUCUGGCAUGAACUUCUCCCCACCUUCUACCCCUCUGUACGGUGGUCAGUUCAUCCGUAGCCGCAUGGGAAGUCUUGCAGUUCCCACCGAGAGUACCCCUCCCCAGUCAGCCCCACCAACCCAGCAAUGUUUCCCAAGCGGUGCUUUCAGCCCACCUCACAUGUCGGCUAUGCCCAUGGUCCAGUCUCAAGCCCAACCUCAGGGCUUCCUUGGCAUGAUGCCUAACGAGUACCCCCAGAUGCACAAUGUCAUGUUCCCUGCUCAGCAACAGCAAAAUCAGUAUAUGGACCAUCAGAUGUCCUACAUAAUGACCAACACCGGCGAGGUCAUCUCAGGAUACCCCGUCAUGCCUCCAUUCUCCCAGGGUCACAUGCAACAAGCAACGCCUCCUAAUCAGCAACAGCCUUUCUUGCCUUCUUCAAGUCUUAGCCCUGGUGUUCUUGGCUCUUCGCAGGUUCCGAAGCAGCACGCCAACCCUGGAGCCGACUUCUUUGUUCACGAGUACUCACCUCCGCGAGACGUCAAGCUAUCAUCCACACCUCGCAAGGCGGUCGAGACCGGCCCCAAAAACUACACAUUCUCUAAUCAUGGACCCGAAUACUUUGAGAAGAACACCAAGCACAAGGGCAGCUCCAGCCCGGCCUCGGACUCAUGCGAAUCGGCCGCGGCAUAA